GUGAUCAGGAGAGGAUUUAUCAGUAUGCACGUCUAUAAAGAGGUCCUAUCGUAACCAUAACAAACAGAUUGCUUCGCCACAUCCCCUGAUAUACCUUCAUUCCAUGACUGACACAUCGUCUACCGCAUUAAGGAGAUGACUUCUGGUGUUGUGACUCCGCCCCCUUACUGGCUGGCCGACUUCCAACUGACCCAGGAAUGAACUGCCAAACCAUCCAGUCCGGGGCACACUGUUCCUGUCUCAGGAUCCUGAUCCCCAACUGUAUUCCAGACCAGCGUGAAACCAUGAAUUUCUCCUCUUCCUCUCCCCCCUCUCUCCCCCCUCAACCUCCUCCCUCCUCCCCUGGCUUCUCUCAAAUUCUAGGCGCUGUCAUCCUGAUCUUGGCAUUUGUUCUGGGUUUCCCGGGGAACUUGUUUGUGGUGUGGACAGUGUUGUGUCGCGUGACCCGGCGCUCCGUCACCUGCCUGCUGGUCUUGAAUUUGGCCGCUGCAGAUGCCCUGGUUCUGCUCAGUGCUCCCUUCUUCAUGCGUUAUGUCAUAGGGGGCAGGGGAUGGGAGUUUGGGACGGUCUUCUGCAAGCUGGUUCAUUACCUCUGUAGUAUCAAUAUGUACGCCUCCAUCUUCCUCAUCACCACCAUGAGCCUUGACCGCUUCCUUGCCGUGUCCCGCCCCUUCCUGUCCCAGCAGCUGCGUACCAAGAAGGUCCUGCUUAAAACUCUGCUGGUCAUCUGGAGCCUGGCUUUCCUCUUCGCGAUUCCCAUGCCCUUCUACCGCAGCGUUUUCCCAAAAGGAGGAUUGUUUUACUGCAUACCGUUCCACAGCGAUCCAAAGCACAUGGUUUUCCAAUACCUGAUGGAGACCAUCUUUGGAUUCCUUAUCCCGUUUGCCAUAAUCGCAUUCUGCUACACAUAUGUAGGCUUGCGGCUAAGAAAUGCCAUGUUUCAAAGAAAAGGAAAAGGUAGCCGAAUCAUUCUUCUCAUCGUGGCUGUCUUUGUAGUCUUCUGGAUGCCCUACCACAUCGUGAACCUGAUCCAGGUUUCGAGUGCUUUAGCUUGGGAAGAAUCGCUCAAAGAGGCUCUCCUGAAUGCUGCGAAAACAGCCAGGCCCAAUGUGACGGCCUUCGCGUUCUUUAGCAGCAGCAUCAACCCUAUUCUCUAUGUCUUCGUCGGGAGUUCCCAUAUCCGCAGCGCCGGCUUGAAUUUCAUGGCCAAGAUGUUCGAGGGGACUUAUUCCGAAGGGUCAGGAUCACGCCGGUUUUCCAGGAGCACUCGCUCAACACGUAGCGGAUCCCUGGAGGCUACUUCGCUCCGGAAGAUAUCUCUAAAACCGGUGAAGGACAAGAGACAGGGUCGGGAUGUGGAAAGAGCUGGAAUGAUGGCCGAAUUGAGGAGGGUCUGCACGACUGAUGAAAAGGAGACAGGGAACCAGUCUUCAUCUUAGAGAGGAAUGCUUGCCAUCUGUUUUGAAGACUGCACAGAUUUCUAUGCUGAAGAUGUAUGCAACCCUGAUCAACUCCUUGGAGUCGAGGGUCCUGGUGGCUCCUUCCCAACCCAUAGGGAAAAUACACAGCUCACUGCUACCUCUUCCACCUCUCUGAGAAAUGCUUGAACAUCUAGUUGUCUUCUAUUUUCAAUCUGCUAAGCCUGAAUAUUGCACAUAAUGCAAAUUGCGCAUUCAUAUUUAUCUGUAGAUGUUCAUACCCCCAAAGAUAUAAUUGUUAGACUUUCUUUAAACUAUUAUUGCUUUAGUUUUGAACAAUGUUUAUGUUUUUAGUCAGCACAAUGGCAGUAGUUACAGUAUCAAUAUACAGUUGUAGUCAAGAGUUGCAUAACACAAUGGAGAUUUAUAAUUCUAGAAAAUUCUCAAAAAAAAAAUUAUAGGAAAACUCUUUUGUAGCAAAAGUUUUACUUUUGCGGAUGAGGGGGAAAAAAA